UUUCCCGAGGAGCCAAGUGCCUGAGCGGCACGGACGAGAGUUGGAGGGAAGGAAAGAUGGCGGACGUACUUGAUCUUCAUGAGGCUGGGGGCGAGGAUUUCGCCAUGGAUGAGGAUGGGGACGAGAGCAUCCACAAACUGAAAGAAAAAGCGAAGAAACGGAAGGGCCGUGGCUUUGGCUCCGAAGAGGGUUCUCGAGCGCGGAUGCGUGAGGAUUAUGACAGCGUGGAGCAGGAUGGCGAUGAACCCGGACCACAACGCUCUGUUGAAGGUUGGAUUCUCUUUGUCACUGGAGUCCAUGAGGAAGCCACGGAAGAAGACAUCCAUGAUAAAUUUGCAGAGUAUGGAGAAAUAAAAAAUAUCCACCUCAAUCUGGACAGACGUACAGGAUAUCUAAAGGGGUAUACUCUAGUUGAGUAUGAAACAUACAAGGAGGCCCAGGCUGCUAUGGAGGGACUCAAUGGCCAGGAUUUGAUGGGACAGCCAAUCAGUGUGGACUGGUGUUUUGUUCGGGGUCCACCCAAGGGCAAGAGGAGAGGUGGUCGGAGACGCAGCAGGAGUCCAGACCGGAGACGUCGCUGACCCAUCCUCUGUUGUUCAGGUGUUCUCUCCAGAGAUUCCAUUUGACCAUGCAACCUUGGAGAAAUACGGCUGGGGUGGAACUCUGUGUUUAUAUUUAAUCUCUUACACUGUUUAGUGUUUCUUUUGAAUUAUGAAUAAAUGUACAAUUUUUGUUUUCUAAUUACUUUCCUUUUCUAAUAUUGCAAGCUCUGGAGUACUAUUUACAGUGAGGCAGUAUGGGUCACUGUGAAGAUAUUUCUCCCAGGGACUGAAUUCUGUGUGAGUUUCUACAUUAGAUACAGUCUCCAGUGUCAGGGUCAAGUAGAGACACUGCUCAGUAUUUCUUUUUCUUUGAAGCUAAGAGAGCAAGGGUAGAAGUAAGAUGUUCUCAUGACAGUAAGGAAUAAUCAUUCUGUUCCUAUAUAUGCUGUCCUGAGCAAGUGGUAUCAUAGAGAAGUCUCUUUUUUCUCUCCUGCCUUUCUUGUUGCUACAUUUGUUUGUACUUCCAUCUGUCUAAGAGCUUGAAUCUCCUGUUGGGGCACUCUUCCAGAACCUCCUUCCCUGGAGGAGUCUAUACUAUGUUCUUGAUGCUGUCUUUGGCGCCCAAAGGUGAAGGCCCCAUAGAAGAGAGGAUCCAGAGGAGCACUGAGGAGGCCAAAGAGGAAAAGGAUGUGGCUGAAGCUAGGAGGCACUUCAGUUAGCAUGGUGGGAGAGAACCAGUACCAAAGACCCAGAAAGUAAUAAGGUGUCCAGCAGAAGAUGAAGGUCAGCAGGACAAGUAGGGCCAGUAGUAGGGCCCAAUGACGAACAUGGGAGUGAUUGUCUAAGGAGCGGCAGACGGCAAAUUCACCUGCAGGGGCUGGGAAUUUAGAAAA